UUCAUUUUCAUCCCAUCAAACGGUUAUGUUGCACAUGCGGACCAAACAAUUGUAGCAAUCAUCCACACUCUAUCACAAUCUACCGCUAAUGAGGACACGUAGACGUGGCGAUGACGAAAAGGUUGAGUAAGAGUGCAAUUAGGGAAGUGGAUUUGCAAAGGAAAAAUUGAAAAGGAUCAAUCAUUUUACACAUUUUUUCCCUUUGGGAUGCUUACAUGUAGCUCUGCCUUUGGGUCACCAAUUCUUGAGCAUCACCCAUUUUAUGCAGUGAGAAAAAAACACCAGAACAUCCCAUAUUGGUUCCCACAUAGCUUUCACAACACCUAGGUGGGACCCGAAAUACCCCCAGUUUUCUGUGUCCCUUAUUUGAGUGUUGUUUGGGAUGCAUCUUUUCUAUUUGAUAUAAUACUCAAGUAGUAAAAGGAGAGAGCUUUAUUAAUAUAUAUAAAGGUGGGUGUGGGAUUUUUGAGUCGUCUCAACAAGAAGCUAGUGUUGGUGACACUUUCCAUUGGCUAGUUUGAAGGUUUGUAUUGGUUAGUAGCAAGUGCUAUGGGGAGGCAGCCUUGCUGUGACAAACUUGGAGUGAAGAAAGGUCCAUGGACUGCUGAGGAAGACAAAAAGCUGAUAAGCUUCAUUCUCACCAAUGGCCAGUGCUGUUGGCGUGCUGUUCCCAAGCUUGCUGGUCUUCGCCGUUGUGGUAAGAGUUGUCGUCUUCGCUGGACUAAUUAUCUGAGGCCUGACUUGAAGAGAGGCCUCCUCACACAGGCAGAAGAACAGCUUGUCAUUGAUCUCCAUGCCCGUCUUGGCAACAGGUGGUCCAAGAUUGCUGCCAGGUUACCAGGAAGAACAGACAACGAGAUUAAGAAUCACUGGAACACACAUAUAAAAAAAAAGCUCCUUAAGAUGGGUAUUGAUCCUGUUACUCAUGAACCUCUCAACAAAGAAGCCACAUCACAGAAUAGUUCUUUCCCUGCAGAGCAUCUGUCACAAGUUGAUAAUAUUAAUAUCCAUCAGGUUAAGGAAAAUGGUGUGGCUCUCAACUCGGAAGAGAAUUCCACCUCAUCACCAGCUGAAAAUUCUUCUGGGGAGGAAUCCCUUUUGAUGGAUAGCAUUUGCAGUGAUGUGUCUUUGAUGAACAGCAUGUGGCUAGAUGAAACUCCUCUUAUGGACACGUUAUGGGACAGUACGCCUAAUUUAGAGAAUGAAAACUUGCCAAUGUGGGAGGACAAUUGCCCUUGGUUGUUGGACUGCCAGGACUUUGGUAUUCAUGAUUUUGAUUUUAAUUGUUCCAGCGAGAUUGAAUCAAAUGCACUACAAACUCUAGACUUGGACAGAAAAGAACUUUAGAAUGCAGUCCAUCUAGUAAAGUAAGUUAUUCUUAAAAUGGGAAUAAAUCCUCUGGUGUCCAUGUCACGUUCAAAUUUUGUGUUUAUAUCUUUCUUGAUGAAUGAUAAGGUCUGCUUGAUUAUCUGUCAAGAAUGUGAUGCACAAAAGAUUUGAACGUGAAACUCUUAUGUUAAAGUUUGACACAAGAGGAUUAAAAAAACACCAUGGACUUAAACUUAGGUUCUUGGUGUUUAAUUUUUAUCUAGCUAUUGUGUUGCAUAGAACUCCUGGAAGGUGUACUGUACAAAUGUUUUCUCUUAUGAGGAUAGUCACCAACCAAUCAUACAAAUGAUUCCGAACAUAAUCCCCCAAAUACCGCAUUAAGUGGAUUCUUGUAAGUUGUAAAUGAUGUAAUCUUUUGUGUAUGGUAGGCACAAGAAAAUGGAAGAUGGCAAACAACUACUGGAUUUUGUAAUUGUGUAUGUUAUUGUACAUAGAUGUUCAGUCUGAAAAUUCUGUUAAAAUCUUCUUUUUAUUGUGCUUAUAAAUUCUGCAAUAAUUUUCUGAUUUUCUGGUUUGUGU